CUCGCGGUCUCCCUCUGUGCGAGUCCAUUUCGCUCGUUCUUCGCCAAAUUGAUGCGAAUAAGAACGAGUGUAGUCUACCGAAGACUUCAAAGUGGGAACCGAUUGCUUUCCCUUUGCGUCGAGAGGAAUUCAAAAUGUUAUCUUCCUCUAAGAUUCAGAAGGUCGUGAACAAUGGGGAAUCAGACUUAUAAAAUCAUUAUAGGGGUCUCAGUUGGGAUUGCAGUUGGGAUUUUGAUCGGAUGUGGUGCAUUGAUUGUUAUAAGGCUCUAUAAAAAACGUUCUUAUGGCCAGCACCAAUCAAGAGACCUCAGCAUAGCAUCUGUUCCCAUACGUGUAAAUGGAGUUAACACCAGCAUUGAUUCAAGUGCAACACUCUCUGGUUCUGGGACUAAUUCUGGCUUCCAAUACAUGGCAAAGAGGAAUGCUAACACUAAAGACCUUUUUGCAUCUCUCUCAGGAAUUCCAAGAUAUUCAUACAAGGACAUCCAGAAAGCCACAAAGAACUUUACGACAGUGUUAGGGCAGGGAUCUUUUGGCCCAGUAUAUAAAGCUGCAAUGCCUACAGGUGAAUUGGUUGCUGUUAAGGUGCUUUCAAGUAAUUCAAGCCAAGGAGAAAAGGAGUUCCAAACAGAGGUACUUUUGCUUAGCAGGUUGCACCACAGGAAUCUUGUGAAUUUGGUUGGGUAUUGUGUAGAUAAAAGCCAACGCAUGCUCAUUUAUGAGUUCAUGACUAAUGGGAACUUAGCAAGCUUCUUAUAUAGUGAUAAUCCAAGAAUUUUGAGCUGGGAAGAGAGACUGCAAAUUGCCUCUGAUGUUUCACAUGGAAUAGAAUAUCUUCAUGAAGGGGCAAUCCCUCCUGUCAUACAUCGAGAUCUAAAAUCUGCUAACAUACUCUUAGAUAAAUCAAUGAGGGCCAAGGUUGCUGACUUUGGAUUGUCCAAGGAGGAGACAUUUGACGACAGAAAGUCAGGCCUCAAGGGUACAUAUGGUUAUAUGGAUCCAGACUAUAUGUCAACAAGCAAAUUCACAAAGAAGAGUGAUAUAUACAGUUUUGGGAUUAUAUUGUUUGAACUAAUAACAGCAAUAAACCCACAGCAAGGUCUAAUGGAUUAUAUAAAUCUUGCAGUGAUAGGUGAGGAUGGAAAAGCUGACUGGGAAGAGAUAGUCGAUAAGAAACUUGUUGGUAGGAGCAACCCGGAGGAAGUGAGGCUUCUAGCUGACAUUGCUUACAAGUGCUUACACAAGACACCAAGAAGGCGCCCCUCGAUUGCCGAUCUUACUCUGGCUAUUUCAAGUAUAAGACAGCGGCGUUUAAUUAACAGCGACACCUUGCCUUCUUCAGGAAGUGAUGAUGCAUCUAGAAUCAUGAGGAGGAUUGAGAGCCAACAGGUGGAGCUGAGUAACGUGACCAGUUUGAGAAGCCACAUGUCCCUGAAAGUAUGAAAUAUCAAGUUAGAUCUCAGGGAUAUACACAUUAGUCAUUUGCUCCCUGUGAGGCUACUGCUUGGCUUUCCAUUACUAUGUUAAUCGAAGUCGAAUCUUGAUGGUGGUAUUUGACAGGGAUGCAUGUGGAUUGACAGAAUCCUAGAUUAAGAGUUUCAACUUGUACAUAAUGGCCUCUUGCAUUUAUCAGUUCAUACAUAUUCUUUCUUG